AGAGAGAGAGAGAGAGAGAGAGAGGGAGAGAGAGAGAUAGUCAUGACGUCUGUCGAAAAUAAAACAGGUUGAUGCAUUUUCAUGUAGGAGCUCCAAGACGCCACUUGCAAUGAGUUUGGAAGUUUAUUUCCCUCGACAUUCCUUAUUAAAGGGGCUACAGGAGAUAUAAAGUGGAGUUGUACUCUAUUCGUCUGAAAACAUUCGCUUAUAACCGGUCUUCUAUGGAGUUGAACCUGGAUUGACUCGGCUGAGCAGGUCAAUGCCGGGCCUGCUGAAUGAAGUCGAGCAGAAGCACGUGGACAUCAGAGGUUCUGUCUAACUCAUGAUGCCAUCGUCCACGCAGAAGGGAGGACUGAAAGACCCAGAGUCGGCCAGUCUCUUCUUCAAAGAUGACCCGGAAGAAGUCUUCUGCGACUUGCACGAGAUCGGCCACGGGAGCUUCGGAGCAGUGUACUUUGCCCGGAACUCCUUUUCCAACGAGGUGGUGGCCAUUAAGAAGAUGUCCUACAACGGCAAGCAGACCACCGAGAAAUGGCAGGACAUCAUUAAAGAGGUGAAGUUUUUGGAACAGCUACGACACCCAAACACCAUUGAAUAUAAAGGCUGCUACUUGAAGGACAACACAGCAUGGCUUGUGAUGGAGUAUUGUCUCGGCUCUGCUUCAGACUUGUUAGAGGUUCACAAGAAACCCCUCCAAGAGGUUGAAAUUGCUGCCAUUACCCAUGGUGCCUUGCUAGGACUGGCUUACCUACAUUCCCAUAACAUGAUCCACAGAGACGUGAAGGCUGGUAAUAUCCUGCUGACAGAACCCGGUCAGGUCAAACUGGCUGAUUUUGGCUCUGCUUCCAUUGCCUCUCCUGCCAACUCCUUUGUGGGAACCCCAUACUGGAUGGCUCCAGAAGUGAUUUUAGCUAUGGAUGAGGGUCAAUAUGAGGGGAAAGUGGACAUCUGGUCUCUGGGGAUCACUUGCAUAGAGCUGGCUGAACGCAAGCCUCCUCUCUUCAACAUGAAUGCAAUGAGUGCCUUAUACCACAUCGCCCAAAACGACUCUCCCACCUUACAGUCCAAUGAGUGGUCGGAUGCAUUCCGGAGUUUCGUUGACUACUGCCUACUAAAACUUCCUCAGGACAGACCCUCCUCAGCAGAACUCAUGCGGCAUGAGUUUGUGAGGAGAGAGCGUCCUCUGCGGGUCCUCAUCGAUCUGAUCCAGAGGACGAAGGAUGCGGUCAGAGAGCUGGACAACCUGCAGUACCGUAAAAUGAAGAAAAUCCUGUACCAAGAGAAACACAACGGCCCAAUGGGGGAGUCUCAGGAAGACGAGGAGGAUGGAGAUCAGGCAGGCUGUAAGAUGAACAGUUUGGGCAGUAAUCACUCCAUCCCCAGCACCUCGGUGAGCACAGGGAGUCAGAGCAGCAGCGUCAACAGUCUGCAGGAGGUGCAAGACGACUCCUGCUCCGAGCUGCACCACGACUACGACAGCACCCUCGAGUCUCCCACUUCCAAAAAGGAUCCUCAGUUUAUCCGUGAUGACCUUCUUCAUCGGGACCAGCGCUCGGACCCGAGACCGUCCUCGUCAGAAAGAGCUCCGGCUCAAAACUUUAAAAACCAUGAGCGCUUCACCACCAUCAAGUCGGCUUCACUGGUCACGCGUCAGAUCCAUGAACACGAGCAGGAAAAUGAGCUCCGAGAGCAGAUGUCGGGGUACAAACGCAUGCGACGGCAGCACCAGAAGCAGCUGAUUGCUCUGGAGAACAAGCUGAAGGCAGAGAUCGACGAGCACCGACUGAAGCUCCAAAAAGAACUGGAAACACACGCCAACAAUGCCUUCAUUGAGCUGGAGAAACUUGCCAAGAAGCACACCAUCCAGACGGACAAAGAAAUGAAAACACUGGCAGCUGAUGAGAAGAAGUUCCAGCAGCAAAUCAUGGUCCAGCAGAAGAAAGAGCUCACCAACUUCCUGGAUAACCAGAAGAAACAGUAUAAGCUGUGCAAGGAGAAGAUCAAAGAGGAAAUGAGUGAAGACCACAGCACGCCUAAGAAAGAGAAGCAGGAGAGGAUUUCCAAGCAUAAGGAGAACAUACAGCAUUCCCAGGCAGAAGAGGAGGCUCAGCUUCUGGGUCAACAGAGGACUUUCUAUGACAAGAACUGCAGGGCCUUCAAACGCAAGAUCAUGGUCAAGAAGCACGAGUUUGAGCAGGAACAGCUACGAGAGGAGUUGAAUAAGAAGAAGACCCAGAAGGAAAUGGAGCACGCUAUGUUGAUCAGACAAGACGAGUCGACUCAAGAACUUGAGCAGAGGCAGCUGAAAACCCUACAGAAACUUCGCAUGGAUGUGAUCCGACUGCAGCACCAAACAGAGUUGGAGAACCAGAUCGAAUACAACAGCCGGAGAGAGAGAGAACUGCACAGGAAACAUGUGCUCGAACUACGGCAGCAGCCCAAGAACCUCAAGGCGAUGGAGCUCCAGAUAAAGAAACAGUUCCAGGACACAUGUAAAGUCCAGACGAAACAGUACAAGGCCCUGCGGCACCAUCAGCUUGAGGUGACCCCCAAAAGCGAGCACAGGACUGUGCUAAAAGCCCUGAAGGACGAGCAAACACGCAAACUGGCCAUCCUUGCUGAGCGGUACGAGCAGAGCAUCAACGAGAUGAUGGCAUCGCAGGCACUCCGUCUGGAUGAAGCUCAGGAGGCCGAGUGCCAGGCUCUGAGGCAGCAGCUGCAGCAGGAGAUGGAGUUACUCAAUGCGUACCAGAGCAAGAUCAAGAUUCAGACCGAGGCUCAGCACGAGCGCGAGCAGCAGAAACUGGAGCAGAAAGUCUCACUGCGCCGAGCACACCUUGAACAGAAGAUCGAGGAGGAGCAGGCUUCUCUUCAGAAAGAGCGCAUCGACCGAAUCAAGCACCUGAUGGACCGUCACGAGAGAGAAAUCGACGCCUUCGAUAUGGAGAGCCUUCGUUUGGGUUUCAGUAAUUUGGGUGCUUUGGACUACCCUAAAGAUGACUACAGAUGAGAGCAGAACACUCCAGCGUCCCGCCUCUGUCCUGCUCGCCCACUUCUCUCUGUUUCGUUGAUUUUUUUGGGGAACAAAUCUGCUGUUUUUGCUACAGACGGUCCUGUCGAUCCUCUGGGCUGGCGUCUGCACAUGUCUCUAGACACGUCAAGGGAGAACAUGUUUUAUAUAUGAAUAUUAUAUAUGAGAGGAUUAAAUCGGUCAGUGUUGAUGUCGACUUUUUCUCGUGCAAUGAUAACACUUUCAGUGUGAUUAAAAUGAGAGAUUUCAAGACCAAAGCAAUAUGAACGGGGGGUUUGUAUUGCUCAGAUGAAUCCAGAUGUACUUGUGCACAAGGUUUUUUUUGUUAAAUUUUUUGACAGGCUGUGAGAUUUUUUUUUAUUGCAGCCGUCUUGCUGCUUGAAUCUCUAUUUGGUAAUGCCUUUUAUUAAGUAUUGAAGACAUUUGAUAACGUUUGCAUAUUAAAACAAAUUUGAUAGUUGCAUCUGUGACUGAGAUUCUUAUGGUCAUUGAAUAUGAUUUUUUUGUCAUAUGCACGGUACAGUAAUUCACCUCAUCUGAGGUGCACAAUGUGAAUAAUACAUGCAUCAAUCCUAACAUGUGGUGCCUGCACAAAGGGCUGAAGGGAAAGGGACAUGUAUUUUGUGUAUAGAAGGCUUUAUGAGAACUUUUACUUAUUUUCCUAUUAGAUUUUAACUAAAUUUUAAUUUCUUUAUACAUAUAUACAUCUAUAUAUACUAAAUGUUUCAGCACCCUUUCCCUCCUGCAGUCUCUGGUGAAUUGCCUCUGAUUUGAUGAUUGGGGUUUCCGUUUGAUUCUGGUCAUCUGUGUAUUUUCUACAAAGUCUCGGUGAACAUAAAAACGCUUUACUGUCGCAUGCACUUUACAUUUAUUUUCAGGUUAAGAGGCAUGAUUCUGUCAGAGCUUUUCAUUAUAUUUGUAAAUAAAGUGCUCGUCACACAA